GCAAGCCGCACACAGCCACGCCAAUGGGGAACAUCUUCAGCGUGGCCAACUUUAAGGAGCCCACUACGGUAGAAGACUGUGACUCCACAUGGAAUACUGACUCUGGGGGCGAAGAGGAGCAGCAGGAAGCCGAGGAGGAAGAAGAGAGCGAGGGGACAGAGCAGAGAGAAGACGAUAAUGAAGAAGAAGUCAUCAAGCAGGAAGAAACCAAUGAAGGCGGCGAAGAGGAAACUGGAACUGAGACUCUAAUUGCAGAAGUGAAGGCAGUAAUCCAUAACCCAGAGCAGGGUGACAGCAGCACAGUGGAACAGAACAUCAAACCAAAGAGAAGCUUUUAUGCAGCGAGGGAUUUAUACAAGUAUAGACACCAAUAUCCACAGAAUAUUAAGGAUCUUCGUUCUCCAAAUGAUCUGUGCAAUCUGAGAUUUUACAUGAAUAAGAUCCCUUUCAAACCAGAUGGUGUUAAUAUUGAAGAGAUUUUGAAUAAGUGGAAAGGUGACUAUGAAAAGCUGGAACAUAAUCACACCUACAUACAGUGGCUUUUUCCUUUAAGAGAGCAAGGUUUGAACUUCUAUGCUAAAGAACUGACUUCAUAUGAAAUUGAGGAAUUCAAAAAAACUAAGGAAGCAGUUAAAAGAUUCAUCGUGGCGUACAAAAUGAUGCUGGAUUUUUUUGGGAUUGAACUUAGUGAUAAAAAUGGAAAUGUUUCACGGGCACCAAACUGUCAAGAGAGGUUUCAGCACUUAAACGAAUCACAGCACAAUUAUUUAAGAAUUACCCGGAUUCUGAAAAGUCUCGGAGAGCUUGGCUAUGAAAACUUUAAGCCACCACUAGUAAAGCUCUUUCUUCAGGAGUCUAUUGUUGCCAACACUAUUCCAAAUAUGAAGCAGAGUGCACUGGAGUAUUUUGUAUACACCAUUAAAGACAGAAGGCAAAGGAGAAAACUUUUACGUUUUGCCUGCUAUCAUUAUGAACCGCCUGAACACUUUAUAUGGGGACCACCAGAUAAACAGAAGGCAGAUGAAAACAAAGCUACUAAAAAAACAACCACGCCAAGCUCCCAGAAAAAACACUCUCAUGUAGAAAAAAAAUCAAGGCCUGCCAAAAGCAUCAAAGCCCCAGAGAGCCCAGCAGUUCAGCAUGAUGAAGAAAAGGGAACAGAAACCAUGCAAACUGCUGAAAUUCACAGACAGGCAACAGCUGAAGUUAUUUCUGUCAAUGAAACAGAAGUUUGUGAUGAUGGAACAGUAACAUCAGAGAAUAAUAGCUCUAAAACAGGGCAAACGGAAGCUUGUGAUGAUGGAACAGUCACAGCUGAGGACAGUAGCUCUAAAGCAGAGGAAACGGACUCUGGCAAUAGUGAAACCAGGUCUCUGGACACAGAACAUGACUUAAAAAGACCUGAAGCUGACCGUGAAACAUGCUGUAAAGAAAACAUUGUAGUAGUAGAGUAUACUGAGAAAGAAAGCAAAGACUGUUUGUGCAGCUUAUCGCCUGGUACAUCAAACAGUAAUGUGACCGAGCUUAAAGUAGAAGGUUCAGAAACUGGACCUUUUACCUAAAGAUCUAGCCAAAUAAAAGCUCCAAAUGUUACAAUAUUAUUUUUCACAUUUUGCCCCUUUAUGAGUAAAAAACGAAAAGUGUAACAUUCACUGUCACUAUCUAGGAUGUAAUGUAAUCUUUAUUUAAGGCCUUAAGUGAAUCUCUAGGGAUACAGUCCAUUUUUCUCCUGCAUUACUAUAAGUGCCCCGUGCCAAGUCUGUAGACUUAUAGUCAGUCUAACAUUUGGGAAUGAAGAAAUCCUGGCUCGCUGUGUUUAAUGGUGUGUAGCUAGUGGCUGCUUGGUUCUUAUAAAGGCACCACACCAAAAGACAAAUUAGCCAAUUUGACACACUGAAAACUAAAAUAAGCUGGUGAUUUUCAUCCUGAAUGUAACAUGACCAUUCCUGUUUCUGCUCGGUCUGUGCUCAAAGGAUACAUCAUGUAAAUGUAAAUUAUAUUGAGCACGCAAGAAGCCCAUAGUGCAGAAUUUCUUGCAAGAAAAUAUUAGAGUCUAAAAAAAUUUUUUUUCUGAAUUCAUAUAGGUUUUUGUACUUCUGUGAUAUACGCAACAAGAAUUGUAAUUAUUUUUGUAUAUCUAUUAGAUAAAAACGUCUCUCCAAGUUAGCGUAAUCUCUUUGUAAUUAGGUAAAAAUGACUAGGAAGUGUUCCUUUUUAUGCUUUCUGGAUGUUUAGCUAUGCUAGAGAUUAAGUAAACAACCACAGAAUGCAUUCAUAUGUUUUAUGUUUAUUUAUUUUGCCACAAUAUAAAUGCAGAAUGGAUGAGCUAAGCUUUCAUUAAGGGCAAUGGCACACAGAGCUGAUUCUGGCACUGUGUGCCACAUUUUAAGUAGCUCAAAAAUAAGGUGUCAAUAUGCCCCAUCCCCCCCAGUAGUUACUGACAUUGCCAUUGCUUGCAACAAGAUAUUUACCUGGAAAUGCAUCUAUGUGCCAGAGAUGUAGCAGAUUUUUUUUUCUAUAUAAUUAUAUUAAUCUAUGGUUUUUCAAAAGAGUUUUCUAAUGUACAAUAUUCAAACAUUCUGGUCAUUCUAAACUGGCAACUGAACUAAUUUAAUAUGUAUAUUGUGCCACCCUUCAUCUAAAUGAUGAUUAAGCUGAUUUGAUAAAACAGGUCUACCAGUCGGGACCCAAGUUUUCUUGCAAAACUAGGGUCUCAGUACUUUGUACAAUCUUUUCUGCAAACUACUCAUCCAUGUAAUUGCAAGCAACAUUACAAAGGCUUCCCUUUGCACUGUGUGAUAUAUUAAAAAAAUCAAAAAUAUAUCUGAUCCUGUUGUUUCCUAGUUAUCUAGCUUUGGGGAGGUGUCAUUCUGGAAUUUUGUACAAAUAAGUUUAAGAGUAUCAAUUUAGCACUUCAGAAACAAACAGUGUGGAGUGCAAAGGCUUUGCAUUGCAUCAGACAACUACAUGUUUGAUUUAACAACUUUUAGAGCCAUUACAAAUGACUGCAUCUUUCCCCAAUAUGUCCACCUUGAGGUGAUGGGAUACAGGCCCUCAGGAUGAGGACCACAUCAUUGAGCUGGCAUGCUCCUUGUCCCCAUGAGAUUUCUAAACUUGCGUGAUCAACAUAUGGCCAAUAUUCUGCCAGAUAUUGGUCCGUAAAGCUGGCCAUACACGCACCGAUGAUAUCAUCAAUAAUUUGCCCCACCAUAUUCUGUGUAUUGCCAUCUUGAAAGACAAUUAAAUCCUAAUUUACUGGGGGUGGCAAAAUGUGCACAUGCAAUUUCAAAUUGACUUAUUUUAAACUACUGGCAAUGUGCAAGUCUAGUUCUUUUCAUGUGACAACUGGGAGAAACACCAAAGAUGAUGCACCAGCUUCGGGAAGGUGAGGGGGUUUCCUAAAAGCAUGAUAUUGUUGAAGCCAGUUUUUAAAAAGCAGCAGACAACUUCCUAGUGGGAUGAAAUAAAAAAUAUGGAACCUGAGGUUUCUAUUCAAACAAUCAUCUUAUAAUACUGAAAGUCAAACACCAUGCUUUCAAACAUCAUCAAAUUGUCAAUUGUUAUCUUAAAGAAGAAGGAAAAGAACUAAGUAAGCUUUAUCAAGAAAUAAAUACAGCCAUAGGCAUUCACAGAAAAGCUGCACUGAGUCCUCUAUCAAAAGAAACACAGGAUUUCUUCUUUUGUGUCUCAGAAAAAUCCUUCAGGACACGGCACAAGUCUGCUCGGUUUGCUCCUCUUACCCCCUCCCUUCUCCCCCUCCUUAUCUCUCUCCUCUUCCCAGCUGUGCUGUGUAAUCUGAGCUAACCAGCAGUUAGAGCUGCAGCACAGAAGCUUCUGAGACCGAACUAAAAUAGCAGCUGCUAUCUUAAAUAUACAGAGCUUCUAGGGCUAUUUACUCAGGUAUAGUAAAGCUUUCUGCAGAAUAAAUAUAGUGUUCUAGGUGGCACUAUUGUGGCAGUAAAAUGCCAAAAUGCCUUUCCUUCCUUUAAGUGUCAGAUAAAAAGGUAUCCUACAAAUGCAGCUGAGACAUGCAGUGAAUUCAGAAAAUUGUAAAAAGCUGUAAAUUAAUAUACUGUAGAUCAGGGGUGGGCAAACUUUUUGGCUCAGGGGCCACAUUGACUUACCGAUAGGUCGGGCCAGCGUUACGCCGUUUCCGCUUGUUAGUCCCCAGACUUUGUUAGUCCCCAAAGUCUGACGUGAUGAGACUUGCACAGUGGGCGGGCUGGAUUAAACAGACCAAAGGGCCAGACGUGGCCCGCGGGCGGUAGUUUGCCCACCCUUGCUGUAGAUGCUGUGGUUGCUAGGGAGCAGGUUUGGAAUGAAGCAACUGUAAAUGUAUAGAAAUAUUUAUCAAGUUGUCACGCUUGUUUGCCCCAGAUUUCGGAUUGGGUGCUUCUCUCUGGCCAACUCUUUCUGUUCAAAUGGGAUUUCUUUGUGCUGUUUCAGUACAAGGUGAAUACUAGAUAAGUUUGCAUUGCUUUGUGUGUAAGGAUAAAGUUGUUUUCAAUGCAUUGUUCUUGUACAUUCUGUAGAACUGACAAGAAUACGUUCCAGAAGGCUUUGCAUAUUUCUUCCAACACCAUCUGUUUGUGGCAUUAGCUGUAAUUUGUUUUUGGAGUUGUGGAACAAACUUUCCAUUUUAUAAUUUCUGUAAAUGAGUUUUUACUCUAACUGAAAAGUUAUAGAAUCUGUUGCUUCUUCCAUUUUUGCAAUUGGGCUAAACUUGUAUAUUUACAAUUACCUUUAGCUACAUUUUUUACAGAUGCAGUCAUUGUAGAACAAUAUAAAUAAAGUCACAAGAAUUGAUUUCAAUUGUCCUGUGGUGGAAGGAAAUAUAUAGCAGCUUGCCAUCCACAGUAUUCAUUAAUCACACUAAAACAGUACAUGGUUUAUGGUCUCUGUAUUCCAGUCCCAACUGUUUUUCAAUAAAGUAUUUUUCCAAAAAAA